ACGCGGUGACGUCACCCGACGUCGCGUGUAGACGUCUGCGCCGCCUCGUGGUGACGUCACCGCCGCCGCCGCGCGUUGACGUCACCGCGCCCGCGUUCCCCGCGCGGAAAGCGAGAGACACGGCCGGGCAACGUGAACUCGGCAGGCGAAGGCGGCGACAUCGACAAGGACGUUGAUUAUUCCCCUUCAGACAAACAACAACGACCACAACAACAACGACGACGAACUUCGGAUUCCGUAAAGUAAUCAAGAAGCCUCCCAAGCAGCGAUGGACGAAGCGGACGUCGCUGCGCGGACGAGCCACACAUUGACCACGUGGGAGCUGGUGUCGGCCCGCUCCCGCUGCCACCGCCUGCCGCAGCGAGCCCACGGCCAGAAAGACUUCAGCCCAGACGGCUCGGCGGCUCAGAGGGAUCGGCUGCAGCGCUGCAUGGAGGAGCACUGGCAGCUGAUGGGCGAGGAGCGCGUGGAGCGACUGGGGAAUCUGGUGCAGACCGAAUGGAUUGCGGAAGAAGAGAAGGUGGAGUUGAAGUCUAAGCCCGGCAAGUUCUGGCAGACGAUGGGCCACAUGGUGAACGGCAGGCAGCUGCUGUACCCAGAGGAGGCCCUCUACCUCCUAGAGUGUGGCUCCAUCGAGUUGAGGGUGCGAGGCCUUCCGCUGUCCAUACAGGAGGGCCAUGAGCUGGCCCUCGCUACCGAAGGCCUCUCGCUACACCAGUAUCAGGUGUACGCCCAUCUCAAGAGGCUGGGCUAUGUGGUCACGCGCUUCAGACCCGAGAACGUCGCAGCGAGGAAUGAGCGGCAGCCGAGCGAGCCGGCCUCCCGGGGAGAGAAACGGCGCACGUGCGGCGGCGAACACGCAGGGGCGGACAGCAAGAGAGAGCGCCGCGACGCCGACGACGACGCCGACGCCGGCGCCGGCGCUCACCGGCACCCGCGCGCGGAGGAGCCCGCCGCCGGCUCUUCACCGGCGCCGGCAGAGGGGGAGCAACUGGCGGCACGCGCGGAGACGCCGACUCCCUGCCGGGGCUUCGGCUUCUCCCCGGCCUUGCCGCCGCCGCCGCCGGCGUCGUCGCCGCCGCCGCCGCGGUCGGGGUCGCGGGGCGCGGUGGACGGGGGCCACAGUCCGCGGCCGCUACUGCCGCUGGGACUUCGGGCUCGCGCGGUUCCCGAACGUGGCUCGCGACGACUGCCGGACGAGCCUGCGGGAGCCGCCCGGCCACCUGCUGCCGCCGGGGACCGCCGGGCGCCGGGCCGACGAGGGCCGCUGGGCGGGACGGAUCAAUCUGCGCAGAGAGAGGAAUCACGGCUGGCACCACGAGGAGCACAACCCGCACCGCCGCUGGGACGUGGACCGCGACCCGGAGGCGCGCCACUGCCGAGACUGGGGCGACUUCAAGCGGCUGCUGCUGGCGCGACGGCACGGCCGGCGGGGGCCACCGCGCGGGGACCCCGUCGAGCCGCUGACCAAUCCGGCGGCGGCGGCGGCGGCGCGCAGCACGGACAGGGACAGGCGUGCGGCUACGUACAUAUACAUAUGUACUUUCGGGCAAGAUUAGUAAUGAACCCGCUCUGGGAGAAGCGUGCUUUUUUUUUUUUUACACCUUUCGCAGUGCGUAGCGGCCACCUUGACAAAACGCGAGCGCAUUUGAAAUCCACAUCGCGAAAGGGGAGGCUCGCUCAAUCCACUGGCUUUGGCCGGCUUAGUCGUUUGCUGUUGUUAUUGUUGUUCAUUGUUACUGCCGUUGCCGCUGUUGUUGUUGUUGUUGUGUCGCCAGCCGAGUUGCUGCAGGAGAUAAGUGUCGUGGCGCCCAUGCACAUACUGGAGGAGACGUCGCGGCUGGAGGAGGAGGAGGAAGGGAGCGAGGUGAAGGAUGGACGCGGCACGAGUUUCACCAUCAGCUACGACGUCUUCUCGGCUGACAACACGGACUUCAAGAAGACGAGGCCGGGCGUCCCCCUCGCCCGCAUCUGUGUCUGCGGCUUUGAGGAACCGGUCCCCGAUCUCCGGGCGCUGAAGCUGCUGGCGCGACACGGCGGCGGCACCGGCGGCACCGGCGGCGGCACCGGCGGCGGCGGCAGUGACGACACGGUGCUCGUCUUCGGCGUGGUGGAUGCCGGGGACGUCUCCUUCUUCUCGUUCUACGACUUCAAGCUGCCCACCGACGUCCUCGGCUGACCACGGGCGUCGCAAUGAAACGUGAAGGCCACGCAGUUUUUGUUGUGCCGAGGCAGCUGCCCCCGGGGCCGUUGGUAGCGUAGCGUUUUGGCGGGGGUUCCACUUUCUUGACGCGCACAAUUAACGGUGAACUCGUGCGAUGGCCGUUUGAAACGAGCGGUGUUAUCAGGUAAUUCGCCGUGUAUGAAUCGGCGCUCGCUAAAGAUUUGACGACACCUCAGGUGGCACCGAUUUCUGAUCUGGCUCACGGGCUAAUGGUAUAAAAAAAAGGGUGCGUUAGCGGCCAUCAGGAUUAGUUAUCCCAUAAUGCCUUGCAUGUCACGUGACAUCACGCUAAUUUUACGGCUGUCGAGUCCGCUGUUGGAAGAAGUUCUGCACACCGUGCCAAGGUACCGGGGUUGCUUUAGCGCAGGGUUAGCGAUUGCUUACGAUCGCUCGCUAUCGGCUCAGGUUUUGUUCACUACCGAUGCUCACCGUAGCCGCGAUACAAACCCAGGCCGGCAGGUUUCGUUGUGCGGUGCGCCCACCACUGCGCUGCCGCUCCCUUCGACUUCCCCCAUACUACUGCGUGUGUAAUGUUGUACAGCUUUAAGACCUCGCUUAGCGCUCAAGACGCGUUCCUGGAGAAGCGAGCGCUUAUGGAAUCGGCGCUAAAAGGGUCACUACCAUUGUUACAUAUGGGGAUGCGUUUCCCGACAGUGUUAUUUCUGAUCCAUGAGCAAUACAAUAUUGGCGGUGACCCCGUAAAACGCUAAUGCGUUACGUCUCUCUGCGUUGCGGAGAAAAAACAUUUUUGCUAAAAAAAUUUUUUAAAUCAAAACCUCUCUAAAGCAGUGGCCAGAUCAACGUACCGCGCGCCCCUCAGUCAAUGACAGCGACGUAUGCCGAGCCAAUCAGACGCCACCCCCCACCGUGUUGCUCAGCCAAUGACAGCAAUGUAUGCCCCGAGCCAAUCAAAUCCCACCCCUUGCGUCGCUGAGCCAAUGAGAACGCGCGCUGAGCAACUUGGACCCCACCCCCCGCGUCUCAGCCAAUGACAGCGACAUGCUCAGCCAAUCGGCGCCCAACUCUCCCGUGAUGCCAUUACCACAAUUUGUAGUAACAAAUUUUACAAAAAAUAUAUUUUUUAAAUGGUGACCACUUAGCAAAGAAUGAAAUCACGGCACGCUUCGGUGUUGAUUGGUACGCGUCCCCUCCCAUUGGCCGAGCAGCUGUAAACCAAGUUGGUGGAAGGUGCGUUUCCUCCUCGCUCUAGCGCGUUCUCACGCUAAAUGCUUCUCAGAUUUUUGGAUUUGCUUUUCUUUCUUAAAAAAAAAUAAUCUGCCACAGGGGCGAGAUCUGCCUGUGCGUGGAUUUGUUUUUUGGACGAGCGCCAAAUAGUGAAAACGGUUCUUUAGAAGUGUAAGGUUUUACUUUGACCAACCAGGUGAGAAGAACUGUGGAGACCCAUUGUAGCAGUUUGGUGGGAAUUUUGCAAGGUGGUGCUCUUUCUUAAAUCGACAAAACAACUAAAAACCACACUCGCACAUUGAAGUAAACGAGACAUUUUUUUUAUGGCGACACUCCGGUUCACAAACGUACAUGAACGCGGCAUUCGCUCACCCACGGUUUUAUAUCCCCACCACCACCACCCCGCGGGGGUUGCGUUAAACUGCUGUCAGCUAACAGCCAAUAAAUACCGGGGUUUCUGCCCUUCAACUUUU